GAACUCAAGCUCAAUUUAUUUAUUUAAGGAGCUUAAAUUAAUAUCGAAUUUAGCUUGUUUAAAAAUCAAAUUAAAUCUAAUUGAGAUUUUAUUGACCCGAGAGCCAAACAAUUUGAUUCAUUAGCCAGAACAAUUUGAUUCAUUUACCCCCGAUUUCUGAUGAUCCUCCCUCUUCAGCAUGAGUAUAUAACUUGGAGCACCUAUGCUUCUUCAGCCCUCUGAGUACUUUGCUAUGGAUUCAAGGAAGCUCAUCCUGUUUGCACUUUCUCUAGUGCUGGUGUUGAAGGUGUCUCAGAGUUUUGAUUAUCGGGAUGAGGACCUCACUUCAGAGGAGAGUCUCUGGAACUUGUACGAGAGAUGGAGGAGCCACCACACGGUGUCUCGCAGCCUGACUGAAAAACAUCAGCGUUUCAAUGUGUUCAAGGGAAACUUGAAGCAUAUUCACAAGGUGAACCAGAUGGAUAGACCUUACAAGCUGAGACUGAAUAAGUUUGCUGAUAUGACUAACCAUGAGUUCAUGAAACAUUACGGAGGCUCAAAGGUUAGCCACUACAGGCUACUUCAUGGAUCCCGGCAGCAAACUGGGUUCAGUCAUGAGAACACUGAUGUCCCACCGUCAAUUGAUUGGAGAAAGAAAGGAGCAGUCACCGGCAUCAAGAAUCAAGGCCUUUGCGGUAGCUGUUGGGCAUUUUCAAGUGUAGCUGCAGUGGAAGGUAUAAACAAAAUCAGAACAGGAGAUUUGGUCUCUCUAUCUGAGCAGGAGCUAGUUGACUGCAACUCUGUUAACCAUGGCUGUGAUGGAGGAUUAAUGGAAGAGGCAUUCAGGUUCAUUGAAAAAACUGGUGGCUUAACAACAGAGAAUAACUAUCCUUACUCUGGCAAAGAUGGAUCCUGUGACUCGAACAAGAUGAAUACUCCUAUGGUGACCAUUGAUGGGUACGAAAUGGUACCGGAAAACGAUGAGAACGCAUUGAUGAAAGCUGUCGCUAACCAGCCUGUAGCUAUUGCAAUAGAUGCUGGUGGCAAGGAUUUUCAGUUCUACUCAGAGGGAGUAUUCAGUGGACACUGUGGGACAGAGCUAAACCAUGGGGUGGCACUGGUGGGAUAUGGAGAAACCGUAGAUAGAACAAAGUACUGGAUAGUGAAGAAUUCAUGGGGUUCUGAAUGGGGAGAAAAUGGAUAUGUUAGGAUGCUGAGAGGGAUUGAAGCAGAAGAGGGAUUGUGUGGUAUAACUUUGGAGGCCUCCUACCCUUUGAAGCAGCGUUCCGACUACAAGAAAUCAACUUCCUGGGGAAGGGAUGAACUGUAGUUGAUCAGCAGAAAUUUAAGCCUAGAGAAUGGAUGUAGCAGUCAGAAAGUUUCUUAAAUUAUACUACGACGUUUGAUGUUUCUAGUUUGUGAGUUGAAGUUGGAUUUGU